CUUCUCUCGCUCUCAUUAUAAAACCCUUUUUCUUACAUUUCCCUUUCUUUCAUUUCUCUUCUUUCUUCAUUUUCAUUCUUCUUGUUUUCUCAAGAAGUUGUGAAUUUGGAGGAGAAGAAGAAAUUAUAAUAUUACAAUAUGGGAAGUGACUUGUUGCCAUUCUUGACAAUGGUGAUUGUGCAGUUAGGCUAUGCAGGGAUGAACAUUAUUUCGAAGCUUGCUAUGGAUUCUGGUAUGAACGCUUUUGUUCAUGUGGCUUACAGGCAAAUAUUUGCUACCAUUGCAAUUGCACCCUUCGCUUAUUUCUUGGAAAGAAAAACAAGGCCAAAGUUGACUCCCUCCAUCCUUUUCCAGAUUUUCUUGUGCUCUAUUUUUGGGGUUAGUAUGAAUCAGAUAACAUACUUUGUUGGCCUCAAGAAUACCACUCCAACUAUUGCAUGUGCUUUGUCAAAUCUAACCCCAGCUGUCACUUUCCUUCUAGCUAUCCCUUUUGGACUUGAAAGAAUGGGACUUGGGACUAAAGCAGGGCAAGCAAAGAUGUUAGGAACCAUAUUAUGUGUAGGAGGUGCUAUGUUAUUGUCAUUUUACCACGGAUCUAUAGUUCCAAUAGAUCAACCCAACAUCCACUGGAAAUAUGCACAAGACAUGACAGAAAAUAAAAGCACCAGCAACCAUGGAAAUUUCAUCUUUGGCCCUUUUCUCCUCAUAGUUAGUGCUGUUUCUUGGGGAAUUUGGUCCAUCCUUCAGGCAAGAGUAAGCAUGGUGUAUCCAGCUCCCUAUUCUAGCUCAGCAUUGAUGUGUCUAAUGGCCAGUUUUCAGUGUUUGAUCGUUGGCUUUUGCUUUGACCAUAAUAUAUCUGAUUGGUCCUUGAGCCAUAGCAUCAGAGCUGUCUCUGCCAUCUAUGCGGGAGUGGUGUGCACUGCAUUAGCUUACUGCUUAAUGUCGUGGUGUAUAGAAAGAAAAGGCCCUCUCUAUGUUUCUGUAUUCAAUCCCUUAUUGCUAGUUAUUGUGGCUGCUCUCAGUUGGGCUUUGCUUCAAGAGAAAAUCUACAUCGGAACGGUGGUAGGGUCAGUUUUGAUAGUUUUGGGACUUUAUGGAGUACUGUGGGGAAAAAAUAACGAGUUGAAGCCAGUCAAAUUUGAUGAAGAAAUUGGUGUUCAAGAGAUUAGUGAAAAAGAGAAGCAGAAAAAGGACAUUGAAAUGCAGUUAUGUGAAGGGCAUCAGCAAGGAAGCAUUAUUGUUCAUGCCAUUAAAUAAUGAGAAAGGAAUUAAAAAGGAGCGCGAUUAAAAUGCAUGGUCUUAAUUUUCUUUAUCAAGUAGUUGUAGAAGAAUAGUAUUUAGCUGACCAAGCUUAAAAACUUUUCUGUAUCAUUGCAUCACUGCCAUUGCUUUCUCAUUCAAAUUAGAUAGAUAGCCUCCCCUAUAUACUUUUAUUUUCAAAAGAUGCAUCCACCCCGUCAAAGAGAAGUUAAGAAAAAUGUAUUGUGUUCUCCUUUUUGUUUUUCUUUUGUAUUUUUGCCAAACUUUAAAUAUAAAAGGAACUAAUAAACUUGUGUUA